UUUCCUAUUAAACGACGUCGUUUUAUUUUCCGCCGCUGAAUGUCGAAGUCUCCCCUUCACGGCUUCAACCAUACACUUCGUUUAAAGUUUCGCGCGUUGGCGAUAUUUCCAUCUUUACCCCUCCGAUUCUCAGCUCUGCAGUUCUAGGGUUUCCAGUUCAUCCUUAAUCGCCAAUCUCUCUACACAGUAAGCCAAUUGGGUCAACAUAAUCCUUGUUCUUAACAUGUGUCUUUUUCUUCUUGGAAAGUGUUUUCACAUUAUGGAUGGCAACAAUGUACACUCUGACCAAGUCAUUGCAGAGCUGAUUGAAAUGGGAUUUGAGUUUUCAGCUGUUACAGAAGCUAUAGAAGUUGUUGGUCCAUCAUUAGAUGAUGCUAUUGAGUUUAUUUUGAAUGGUCCUCAUAGAUCCAGUAGGGGGGCAUCAAGUAAUUCUAAAUGUCCUACCAGCACUGGAAAAGCUCUGGACAAAACAGCUUUGAUCUCCUCGCACUCUCUGGAUCAAAUGCGUCAGUCUAGCAUAACAGAACAUCUCCAACCAGUAGGUAGAUCCAAACGGAUCAGAACUAAUUCUGUAUAUAAUGCAGUAUCACCCUAUGGGUCAGAGAUGUUGCCUGGUCAUCUGGAAGAACAGGUGUUGUCAUUUUCUGGUGAGGGUUGUAAUCUGAAAGCUGCCUCAGAGUUGUCUGCACUGCCAGUUUGUUGCCAACAAGAGCUGGAGAUUGGAAAGGAUUGGGUGCAAAGAGUCAAUAGUCUCUUGCACAAGCAUUUUGGGAUUUUGUCCUUGAAGAGUUUCCAGAAGGAAGCCCUGUCUGCUUGGUUAGCUCACCAAGACUGUCUUGUUCUUGCUGCAACAGGAUCUGGAAAAUCUCUCUGUUUUCAAAUCCCAGCACUUCUGACAGGAAAGGUUGUGGUAGUAAUUUCACCCUUGAUAAGUUUAAUGCACGAUCAGUGCUUAAAGCUUGCAAAACAUGGGGUGUCAGCUUGCUUUCUGGGGUCUGGACAACCUGACAGCAGUGUGGAGCAAAAAGCAAUGAGUGGCAUGUAUGAGAUAAUUUAUGUUUGCCCAGAGACAGUAUUAAGACUAAUAAAACCACUUCAGAGGCUUGCAGAAAAUCGCGGAAUUGCACUAUUUGCAAUUGAUGAAGUUCAUUGUGUUUCUAAGUGGGGCCAUGAUUUUCGACCCGACUAUAGGCGAUUAUCUGUCUUGCGAGAGAACUUCAGUGCUUGCAGCUUAAAAUUUUUAGAAUUUGAUAUACCAAUAAUGGCAUUGACUGCUACUGCAACAAUUUGUGUCCGAGAAGAUAUCCUUCAUUCACUGUGCAUGUCAAAGGAAACAAAAAUUGUGCUCACUUCAUUUUUCCGAUCAAAUUUAAGGUUUUCAGUAAAACAUAGUAGAACAUCAUCUCCAUCUUCUUAUGAGAAGGAUUUCUCUGAGUUGAUGGAUGUGUACACAAAGAGCAAGGUUGGUAAGAAGAAACAAAAAAUCUUCUCUCAAGAGUUGGAUGAUGCAUCUGAUGACUCCACCAGCUCUGCUGAUAGGAGCUUAUCUGAGGCAGAUAGAAUGUCUCCAAGUGAUGUGGAAAACAAUGGUGAUGGCUACUUUGGGGAAAAUGAUGAUGAAGCAAAUUCAUCGCAGGAAAAUGGCUCAGCUGCUUCAAAGCAGAGACAGAUGUCAGUCGAAUAUCUGGAAAAUGAGGUUGACCUCUUUCAGAGUGUAGAUGACUGGGAUGUUUCCUGUGGUGAAUUCUCUGGACAACCUCCUACUGAACAUACAUUUGGCUCAUCUGAGACAUUGGAUCCAUCAAUGAAACUGGAUGAAAGAUUGACGCUUUUGAAGGGGCCUUUAGAACAAGGACCAACUAUCAUAUAUGUUCCUACUAGAAAAGAAACAUUAAACAUAGCAAAAUAUCUUUGUCGGUGUGGUGUAAAGGCUGCUGCUUACAAUGCAAAGUUGCCGAAAUCACAUCUAAGGCGUGUUCACAAGGAAUUCCAUGAUAAUGCUUUACAGGUUGUUGUUGCAACAAUUGCUUUUGGAAUGGGGAUUGAUAAGUUAAAUGUCCGAAGAAUCAUCCAUUAUGGUUGGCCACAGAGUUUAGAAGCAUAUUAUCAAGAAGCAGGUCGAGCUGGGAGGGACGGGAAAUUAGCAGAUUGCAUUCUAUAUGCUAACCUUUCAAGAGUACCAACUCUUUUGCCAAGUCAAAGAAGUGAAGAUCAGACAAAACAAGCAUAUAAGAUGUUAUCUGAUUGCUUCAGAUAUGGAAUGAAUACUACAUGUUGUCGAGCCAAAACACUUGUGGAGUACUUUGGGGAGGAUUUUUGUCAUCAAAGUUGUAUCUUGUGUGAUGUGUGUGUUAAUGGACCUCCUGAAAAGCAGAAUUUGAAAGAUGAGGCAGAUACUUUUAUGCACGUGAUUGCUGCUCAUUAUGGGAAGAGCAGUUUUGUGGAUGAUUUGUAUGAUGGUGUGAUAUAUGGUGAUGUUGAACAGCAGAGAUUCAUGGAUAAACCAAAUCUCAGGAUGCUUGUCAGUAGAAUAAGAGAACAGUUUCAAAAAUUUGCAGCAACUGAUCUGUUAUGGUGGCGAGGUCUUGCUCGAAUCAUGGAAGAUAAAGGGUACAUCAGAGAGGGAGAGGACAGGAUCCAUGUCCAGAUAAAAUUUCCAAAGCCAACAAAACUGGGACUGGAGUUCUUGCAAUCCACAACAGAGCAAACAUUCGAUGUUUAUCCCCAAGCAGAUAUGCUGCUCUCAACGAGAAACCCCAAAUCUUAUUCCACUUUCUCAGAAUGGGGAAAAGGCUGGGCUGAUCCUGAGAUUCGUCGCCAGCGCUUAGAAAGGAGGCGAUCCCAAAGAAAGCCUAGGAAAAGAAAAUCAAGAAAACAUCAACCCAACAUGAAAACGGCUCGUGGAAGGUUAGCAGCAAAACUCUUAAUACAGAAACGAUAAGUUAGACCCAUUUUGCCAUGCUGUUUAUGUAUUAAAACCACAAUUUCAUUAUUCUUCUUCCUUCUGUCAGUUAUCUAAAUUUGGAAGUGCGGAGUGCGAUCGACUGGUAUUGGUAGAAUAGAUAAUAAAUUAAAUUAACUUUGAAAUCAUUUGGCGGGGAUAUUGCCUGGUAUAGAUACUGUGAUGAAAUCUUAAGGGAAGAAUUUUCAACUGCUAAGUAAUCAUCCUUCAUCCUUCAUCCUCUUUGCUCAUGGAUUUGAACCAAAACUCAGAAAAGAAAUGCAUCAAUGUCAAGUACAACAAAUUGUGUCUCUUAUCACUAGACGUUAUAGAUUCUUGUUCAGGUGCAGACCACAGUUCAGUGCGAUGCCGCAUCUUUUGGAUGCGGAACUUUGUCCAUGGACCUUGGGUAAGGCACAAUAGUAGUGUGCUGUUAGAACCCCGUAUUGCCUUUUCCUCAAGCAACCCCGAACGUGAGGUUACUAGAAAGAGGAAAAGGCUACUCUUAAGUACUUAUUCAAAAGCAAAGAAUCAAAAGCCCUUUGCCAUUUGCUUCUUCUUCUUCCUGUUCAUCCUUUUCUCGCCUAAAUCAAUGGAUUUUGGCCCCAUCUUUUACGUCUUGAUUGGCUUCUCCAUGUCGGUCUCCCUCUGUUUGCCAAACCUGAAAAAAUGGCAGAGUCAACAGAUCACAGCAGAGAAACUGAGGAUCAUUAGCGAGGCCCUGGAACACGCUGAAGAGAGAGCAAUGAGGUUCCAAGAAAGGCACGAUCGUGUUCUCAGCCAGGUAGGCUCUUACUACCUCUGCAAUCAGGAGCUUCUGGAGGCCUUGGCGGUAUCCCGAAUCGCCAUGAAUGAAGCCCUGGGGUUUGCUGUUGGACUGAGGAAAAUGCAGAUGGAGAUUAUAUGCUCUUACCCAGAUGAAGUUGAUGAUGUAAUUCUACGAAGACUCUCUGAAAACACAGGUUCAGCCUCAGCCACCCGAAGAAACCGUUGAGAGGCUUUUGCUUACUCCGAUGUUUGUUUCCCAGGAAUGCAGACUGUGUUCAUUAAUCGAAAUAAAAAAGAAAAUUUUAUUAUA